AUGGAGAGCCCCAGCUCUUCAGGACCGCUUGGGAUGGCCACGCAGCUGAAGCUGAUGCUGCAGCUCAGCCUGGCCUCAAUCGUGCUGCUGCCCUUCCGGCAGCUGCAGAAUUUCUGUCGGAGGUUACGGAAGAAGAGGACAGAGACGAGCACCCAGAUGGAGGAGGGGAGAGAUGCAGGGCGGAAGGACGGAGCAGCAGGGAUCGUGUCGCCAACCUGGGAACAGCGGCUGAACCCAGACGAAAGGAGUAUGAAGCUCCUCCGGGCCCCGCUGGCAUCCAUGGAGUCCCUGGGCUCCCUGGCUGCUGCUUCUGCGUCCUCCUCCUUUUCCUCCCUCUACUCCUUCCCAGAGCCCUGGCCUGGAGCUCUGGCAGAGUUGGCUGCUCUUGUCCCUCGGACCAACCCAGAGCCACAACCAGAGUCAAAGGCAGAGCGAGAGGAAGAGCGAGAGCCAGAGGCAGAAGCAGAGACGCAGCCAGCCCUGAGCCCCAGCCCUGAGCCCCCAGCUCUCCCGGCAGCAGCCCCCAGCCCCCUUCAUUCCCUGGGGCCAAGCAAGCAGAUCUCCCCCAGGGAUGGAGUGCAGAGCCCAACAGAGCCCAAAUACUCCCACACGGAGCUCAUCCAGGAGCUGCUCCGAGUCAUCCGGGAAAACCAGGCAGCCGUUGAGCGCCGCUGCCAACUGCUGCAGGCACUGCUGGAGCAGCAGGGAGCAGCCGGGACCCCCAGGGAGCCCCCAGCACAGGAGCCUCCAGCAGAGGAGCCUCCAGCAGAGGAGCCUCCAGCCCAGGAGCCCCCCAGCAUCCAUCUGCGUAUACAGAUGGAUGUUCUUGGUACUGGGAGGUGGCAGCGGGAGGAGUUGGGCACCGUGGAUAUGGAUGCGGAGGUGAACAUGCCGAGAGAUGUGCUGAUAGAUAUUGAAGACCAAGGGAGUGACCCAAAAAAUCUGGACACGAGCAUCCCGAUAGAGCCAGGCAGGAGCAGCCCUACAGGGUCCCGCUGGUGUCCCAUGGGCUCGGCCCACCUGCGGGCGGCCCCAAGGCUGUGCCGGGCCGGGCAGUGCCUGCAGGCUUGCUGCUCCAGGCUGUGGCGGCGGCUGCAGGAGUGCUGGAGGUGCUGCCGUGCACAGCCCUGA